AUGGAUUCCCCACGAGGGGAAGCAUACGAUCCAGACUCAGACUCAGAUGCUAGCUCUGGACGGUUGACACCAGACUCCCAAAGAGGUCGCACCUCUGGGCCCUCUGCUGGGGCACAGCCGCAGCGAAAUGCUCAUGCCAACGAAGAUGAUGAGGCUGGAUCCGAUUCUGGAGAGGACUCGAUGGCAGACCCCGUCGAAGUAGAUUGGGACAAGAUUAUACCUCAACUAAGGCGGAAUGUCAUGUCGAGAAGCAAGAAGAGAAGAGAAAAGUUCUUUCAAGACUAUCUCAAGAUCUCGGAUAAUGAUCCACCGGCCCAGCAUAUCCCUGCCAUCGUUACUAUCCUGCUCAGCUGUCUCUCCCUUUUGGACUCCAUAUCACAUGUAGAGCUGCUAGUCGGGGUGUUGUUGCACCUGGCGAAGCGGGAUCAAGAUCUCCCAGAAGGGAGAGAUACAAAGCUCAAACUUGGGGAGAAGCUUGCCAAGUGGACCAGUGUAGAAGUCGGCAAGCUUUCCCCAACUCAGAGCGCGGUACCGAUCGCUCUUCUGCCCUAUGUCUCCCUCCUCACUGGACUACUGCAAACUCUGACCAUUCCAGAGGAAAGUCGGUCAAGGUCAAUCAUGGAUCUCGCAAUUGUGAUGGAUGCUAUAGAGUCGCAGAUGGAUUGUCAAAAACCAACAAACCAGGACAAGAAGGUGUCAAAACACGCUAGACGUCUCGUUGGUCGACUUUGCCGAUUGACCCCGCUGAUUCUGGACAAUAUUCUCAAGUCCACAGCGGAUCCGCCUCGAUUGAUCGCCCUUCUCGGUAUCAUCAUCGACGAGGUGCUUUCUACCGCCCCAGCAGAAGUCGAACAGCGUAAAGACGCCAUUGUCGCUUUCUACUCGACUCAUGUCCUCGGGUCUAAGACCGUUGUCCCUCGGUAUCGAGCUGUGGCACUCUCAUCCUUCCUAUCCAAACAUGUCGAUCUAUCAACAUUGACAGAAAAGUUGCUCCCCACCGCAGAGCGAAUGUUAUUACGCUCCCCUGAGAUCGCUCUACCCACGACUGCUGCUCUACUCAGAUCGACAUGCCUGGACAUCUCCUCUCUCCUCCCUGCCAAGCUGCUCCCCGCAGUACUAUCAGCCUCAAAGUCUUCCAAUGCCGAUACUCGACUCAAAGCGAUUGACCUCUUCUAUGCGAUCUGCAAUCACUGCCAGGAUGAUGCAAAACUAGAGAAGGUCGUGAUGGAGGUCAUGACGCUGCCAAAGACUGGAAAGACUGGUAGCCCAGAACACCGAGUCGCGUUGUUCAACAUGAUCCAUUCUGUCAAGCCAUCCGAAAAGGUUUCAAUUGUCGUUCUGGAGACUGUCGUGCCGCUCUUGGCUAAAGAGACAAACGAACCGGCUCUGCAAGCGACAUGUCAGGCCAUUGAACCGCAUCUGGCGAUCAUUCUGUCUUCCGAGAUGAAAGGCCUUGACGCAACAAUCACGAUGCUUGCCAAAGAGCUCAACUCCUCCCGAUUACCAACGAAGCGAGCAGUGUCAGAUUGCGUUGGGAAAGCCAUCUUGUCUGCGACCGCGAAGGAUCGCCAUCUCUCAUCUUCAGGCCAGCAGCUGGUCGGAAUUCUUGCGGCCGCAUUGGAUGCCAAUCUGGAAAGUGCAGCCUCAAAUCCCCCCACCAAUGUAGCAGGCUAUUUAGAGGGCUAUGUCGCCAUCGCCCUCGCCUUUGGAGCACUGUCCGGCAUCGAGACUGCAAAGAAACUGAGCCAGAGUUCUGGCCUCGCGAAUGCCUUGACACUAUCCCCAAAGCCAUCUUUCCUGCUGAACGAUAAAAUUUGGAUCAAGUUACCGUCAUCUCUCGACUCUUCUUGGUUGUUGAAAGCUCUGAUGUCAAUCGUCGAGACCAAAGGCCCGGCUCUCAAGGCCGAUGUGUCCAGCGUGAUCGGGCAAGCGCUGGUAUAUCUGUUGCUGGAUCACAAAGAGUCGUCUGUCCGGAGGGAAGCACUGAGGGCUAUCGAAUCCUGUACGCGAACUCAGCCUCUUGCCCUAGGGAAGAUCCUUGCAAAUGCCUUGCAAGCUCGGAUAUACACGCAUCACGCCUCCUUUAGUUCUAUCCGAAUCAUCAGCGACGAGGAACCAUCUUCAACCUUAUUUUCUCGUCGAAUCGGCAAGGUUCUCGAUGCAAUCUUCUCCAGCCCGUUGGCGGGGGAUGACAGGUCCAUUCGCGACGAACUCGCGCUUCGGUAUCUGACACUUGCACAUCACGUUGUCAUCACCGAGAACGCCCAGACGUCCUGGAUCAGCUUAGUGCAGAAGAUCGGGGUCGAUCCAGCAGUCUUGGUAGUUGACCGAAGUGAUGAGAUUCUCGAGCAAAUUUGGAGUGCCUUGAGCGUCCCAGUCAAGGAUACCGGCAUUGCACAAGCGGCAUUCAGGAGUUUGACUACACUCGUCUUUUUGUGCCCCGCCAUCUAUAUCGAUGUCAUCAUGGCCCGCAUCCGCUUCGAUCUGGAUGAGUCCUCCCUCGAAUUUAUCGGAUUGGAAGAACGAGGUAUCUGGGCUACUCCACCUGAUCAAGUCUUCGUAGAUGUUCUAUCGAGCAAGAAGGAUGUCGCGGAGAACAAGAAUCGGAAAGACUAUGCGACAGAUAAAUGGGAGCAAGAGGUCCGAGACGCCUUAGCCAGAAAGAAAACUUUGGUCGGCGCGAAUCUUUCCAAAGCCGACAAGGCCGCCGUCACCGCUCAGAUGAACAAGGAGGCUGAGGUUCGGACGCAGAUUUUGUUGGCCCAAGGCAGGUUGCGCGAAGGUGUACAGCUCGUGUCUAGCCUGGCGGCUUCAAAUUCUGAGGGAAUGAAGCGAUACGUUGGAGAAAUGUUGAAGCUACUCAUACGGAGUGUCUAUGGACCGGGUAAUUUCUUAAUGGAUGAGCAGGUCUUCAGCGUGGUCCUGCAACUCGGAGCCAUGGCCAGUGAUCGGCUGGGAGAAUACAGACGUCUCCUCGUCGGAGCGAUUCUGCGAGCGUAUGGCGUCCCUUUGAUCCCUGAAGAUUACCUGCAUGAAGAUCUUGCUGAUCUCAUCAUUCGACUGAUGCAUCAAACGCGAUUCUUGAGCGAGCAGUCACCGCUUGACAGCACAACAUUUGGCUUGUGCAGUAUCUUGUUUGCGAAAAUCGUUGACAGUGGUGGAUGUGGCACACAAUCAGUGCAGAGCGACGAAGCGCAGGAGCAAUUGACACUGGUCGUCAAUAUUAUCGGUACUUGCUGUGGAGAGUUUGCGGACAAUUCGUAUCCUCGCCUGGACACCAUCAAACAGCUCGUCCAAAUCAUCAACACCUAUCCCAAACUCGGUCGAGAUGCUUCAGCUUCGCUCGUCGAUCUCGGAGAUGCUAUCCGUGAAGUGGCGACUGAGGCUGAAAUCAAAGCGUUGAUUGCUGGAACAUUGUCGAAGGACUCCAACGUCCGUAAUGCAGCGUUGCAAGCACUACAGCCCGUCGAUUUGACCGAUCUUGAUUACUCCGAGGAGCUGUACAUCGCGGCUCACGAUUCAGACGAGCAGAAUGCGAAUCUCGCAGCGCAUCUUUGGGAGGACAACGGUUUGGAUAUUCCGGAAACUUACCUGGCGUCACUGUUGGGCUACCUGGCACAUGAGACCGCGGCGGUGAGGAUGAGUUGUGCGACCGCUAUCGCGGACGCUGCAGAACAACAUCCGUCGCAGUUGGAGCCAUCCGUGCAACGGCUACAGGAGUUGUAUAGUGAUAAAGCUCGUCUACUGCAGCCUGAAUAUGAUCGCUUUGGUAUGGUCAUCCCAGAGACUGUGAACCGAGCAGAUCCUUGGGAAGCCCGUGUCGCCAUUGCCACUGCUUUACGAAAUCUCGCGCCAAUGAUUCCCCAGAAUCUUGUUGCUUCAUUGUUCGACUUCUUCAUCUCUGGUGAAGCUCUCGGCGAUAGGCAUUCUGAAGUCCGCAAGACGAUGCUCGAGGCCGCCAUUUCCACUGUCGACUUACAUGGCGCCAAGGAAAUCACGAGUCUGAUGAAGAUGUUCGAAGAACAUUUGGGCAAGUCGAACCCAUCGACAGAUACUGGAGACAACAUCAAGGAGGCCGUGGUUAUCCUCUUCGGACGUCUUGCUGGUCAUCUCGACGCGAAUGACUCCCGUAUCCCUCAAGUCGUCGAUCGUCUGGUCGAGGCCCUUAAUACACCGUCUGAAUCUGUCCAAGCAGCCGUUGCGGAUUGUCUGCCUGCGCUCGUAUCGGGAAUGGGCGAGGACGUCGAGUUCCUCGUCGAUAAGCUGUUCUCGACACUUACAACUGGACCCAAGUAUGCCGGUAGACGAGGAGCCGCUUACGGUCUGGCUGGUGUGGUCAAAGGUCGUGGCUUGAGCGUGUUGAAAGAGUUUGACUUGAUGGACAAGCUGAAAGAGGCUGCAGAAGACAAAUCAGCCUAUCAACUUCGGCAAGGUGCCGCUUUUGCUUUCGAGACGUUAUCCGCCACCCUAGGCAAGACGUUUGAGCCAUACAUUAUCUCAAUCAUCCCAUUGAUGUUGACCUUGUUCGGAGAUGGGAAUUCCGACGUGCGAGAAGCGACACAGGAUGCUGCAAAAGUCAUCAUGUCGAGAAUAUCUGGACAUUGCGUCAAGCUCAUGCUUCCAACCCUGCUCGGUGGAUUGGAGGAGAAGCAAUGGAGGACGAAGAAAGGAUCUAUCGAGCUUCUUGGAUCUAUGGCGUUCUGUGCCCCACGUCAACUGUCCCUCUCGCUUCCAACGAUCAUUCCUCAGCUGACCAGUGUCAUCAACGACUCACAUGCACAAGUCAAAUCAGCUGCUAAUGCCAGUCUGAAGCGAUUCGGAGAGGUCUUGAGCAACCCUGAAAUCAAGUCCAUCUUGAACACGUUAAUGAAAGCCUUGGCCGAUCCCGCAGCGAAGACCAAUUCAGCUUUGUCGUCGUUACUUAAAACAUCCUUCGAACAUUACCUCGAUGCCCCAUCUUUGGCGAUGGUGAUGCCGAUCGUCGAUCGUGGACUGCGUCAGAGAUCGUCUGACACGAAGCGACGUGCUGUUCAGAUUGUCGGAAAUAUGGCUUCCCUUACCGAAUCACGAGAUCUUAUUCCCUACCUUGACGAACUCAUGCCUUUGGUUCAUGAGGUCCUCGUGGAUCCCGUUCCAGAAGCGAGAGCCACCGCUGCAAAAUCUCUGGGAACUCUGAUCGAAAGAUUGGGAGAACCUAACUUCCCCAACCUCGUCAGCCGGCUGUUACAGAUGCUCAAAACCGACACAAGCGGUGUCGACAGACAGGGUGCUGCUCAAGGUCUUUCCGAGGUCUUGUCUGGACUAGGUAUGGAGCGUCUUGAGGCCCUCCUCCCGGAAAUCAUCAGCAGUACUUCCAGCCCUCGCCCCUACGUUCGAGAAGGAUUCAUCUCACUGUUGGUCUACUUGCCUGCGACAUUCGGGCAUCGUUUUGCCCCUCACCUUGGAAGGGUUAUUCCGCCGAUUCUGAAUGGCCUGGCGGAUGAUUCCGAAUAUGUCCGCGAGGCAUCGAUGCGAGCCGGCAAGAUGAUCAUCGCGAAUUAUUCGUCCAAGGCUAUCGACCUGCUGUUACCAGAAUUGGAGAAGGGCAUGCUGGAUCCAUCUUGGCGUAUCAGGCAACCUUCCAUAGCACUCACUGGAGAACUGCUGUACAAGGUCACGGGCAUCAGUGGCAAGGUCGAAUUGGAAGAAGACGAGGUUCCAGCACAGGGUGCCGACAAUGCUCGAAUGGCACUCUCAGAAUCACUUGGACCGGAGCGUCGGGACAGAGUUUUGGCUACGCUUUACAUUGUCCGUCAAGAUUCUGUUGCCAAUGUUCGUCAAGCUUCAAUUCAUAUAUGGAAGUCAUUGGUGCAGAAUACACCCCGUACCACGCGAGAAAUCCUACCGGUUCUCAUGCAAUUGCUCAUGACCUUGCUCGGCAGUCCAGAGCCAGAGCAGCAAGAGACUGCAUCGCGUACUCUUGGCGAGCUUUGUCGGAAGAACGGAGAACGCAUCUUUGGCGAAAUCAUGCCAAUCCUGCAAAAGGCAAUCACAUCGAGCGAAGAUCGUACCAAGGAGGGCGCUUGUCUCGCAUUCGCAGAUGUCAUGGCCGCCUCUAACAAGGACGUCCUUGCAGACCACGAAGAUGCCAUCAUCUCGGCGGUCCGCAUUGCCUUGGUCGACCCUUCAUCCGAUGUCCGUGCCGCCGCAGCCAGAACUUUCGACACGAUGCAGCAUUACCUUGGCGCAAAGGCCAUCGAUCAGACCAUUCCAACGUUGUUGGCUGCAAUGCGAGAUCCUGGCGAGACCUCUGAGACUGCCCUGAAGGCAUUGAAGGAAGUCAUGAGUGUUCGCGCGAACAGCGUAUUCCCGGUACUGGUUCCGACACUUAUUGCUCAGCCGAUUUCGGCGUUCAACGCUCGUGCUCUCGGCGCCUUGGUGCAAGUUGCUGGGACGGCUCUCAAUCGUCGUCUCGACUCUGUCCUGGGCGCUUUGGUCGAAUCUCUAGAGGCUGGACCGUCUGAAGAUACGAGGAAAGACCUCGACUUUGCAGUCGAAUCACUUCUGGCUUCUGUGACAGAUUCUGAUGGUAUUCAUCUUUUGGAAAUGCUUCUGCUUGGAUGGGUCCGUGAUGCAAAGGCCAUUCGCCGCGCAAGCGGCUGUAAACUGCUGGCCACCAUGUGUGCUGUCAACUCGUCCGACACGUCAGAUUAUCGAGUCGACUGGAUUCGCAAUCUUGUGUCGCUGUUCGACGACAAGAACGACGAUGUGGUCACGGCCGCUUGGGAAGGUCUUGAAGCGUUCGUGAAGACCGUCGAUAAGGAUGAGCUCGAAGAUCUAGUCGUACCUCUGCGUCGUACCAUCGAAUCGCUCGGACCGAAAGAACACAAGGUGCCUGGAUUCUCGAGGUCUAAGGGUGUCCAAUCUAUUGUGCCCAUCCUUUUGGCCGGUGUACUGAGUGGUACGCAAGAACAACGAGAGCAAGCUGCUUUGGGUAUUGGAGAUCUAGUACAACGCACCACGGAGGCAGCCAUCAAACCAUACAUCAUUCAGCUUACCGGUCCGCUCAUUCGAGUCAUUUCGAGUCAAUCUAUACCUCCUCAGAUCAAAGCGGGAAUUCUUAUCGCUCUCACCAUCUUGCUCGAAGAAGUGCCACAGCUCGUCCGACCUUUCCACCCACAGCUCACUCGAACAUUUGUCAAAUCGACCUCGGACCCAUCGCUCAACGUCCGGAACCGUGCUGCGACAGGUCUUGGCGAAUUGAUGAAACAUCAAACGAGAGUGGAUCCCUUAAUCACAGAAUUGAUCACGGGUAUCAAAGCCAGCGAAAAGGACGUGGCUGCAUCUAUGGUCGCAGCUCUUGGGGCUGUAUGUCAAAGUGCCGGAAAAAAUUUGGGAGAAGCAGCAAGGGCCAGCAUUGUCGACUUGAUCGAAGAUGGCUUCUUGCAGAGUCCUUCAGAAACUUAUAGUAUGGCCAUCGGAAAAGUCGUUGCGGGUCUAGCGGCCACGAACGCAGAGCAUAUUCGAUCGAUCGUCGACACUUUCCUUGCUGCUCCUACCCCUCCGACGCCCCAAGUCAGUAUCGCCAUCCGCUCAGUGCUCGAGGAUUGCCCCGAAGCAUUCUUUACCCUCGAUGUCGUAUCUGAAAUCGUCAGCAAGGUCUCAGCCUCCAUCGCUUCGGAUUCGGCCGCCGUUGCUCGACCGGGCAGGGACGCUAGAGACAUCAUGAAGGGCAACAAGAGAUAUGCUGCUGAUUCGGAUGUGCAGGCGGCUUUCAAGUAG